AUGAACUUGGAACGGGUCCCCAAUGAAGAAAAAUUGCAGCUGUGCAGGAAAUAUUACCUGGGUGAGUGUUUGUAUUGGGCAGGGUGCUUUCCGAUUCAUUGCUGUGACUAAUGCUGCUAUUCCCAGUCAGCGUGUAGCUAUACAUGAUGCACUCUGUGACUAAUGCUGCUAGUCCCAGUCAGUGUGUAGCUAUACAUGAUGCACUCUGUGACUAAUGCUGCUAGUCCCAGUCAGCGUGUAGCUAUACAUGAUGCACUCUGUGACUAAUGCUGCUAGUCCCAGUCAGUGUGUAGCUAUACAUGAUGCACUCUGUGACUAAUGCUGCUAGUCCCAGUCAGUGUGUAGCUAUACAUGAUGCACUCUGUGACUAAUGCUGCUAGUCCCAGUCAGUGUGUAGCUAUACAUGAUGCACUCUGUGACUAAUGCUGCUAGUCCCAGUCAGUGUGUAGCUAUACAUGAUGCACUCUGUGACUAAUGCUGCUAGUCCCAGUCAGCGUGUAGCUAUACAUGAUGCACUCUGUGACUAAUGCUGCUAGUCCCAGUCAGUGUGUAGCUAUACAUGAUGCACUCUGUUACUAAUGCUGCUAGUCCCAGUCAGUGCGUAGCUAUACAUGAUGCACUCUGUGACUAAUGCUGCUAGUCCCAGUCAGUGUGUAGCUAUACAUGAUGCACUCUGUGACUAAUGCUGCUAGUCCCAGUCAGUGUGUAGCUAUACAUGAUCUCCCUCCUUCCAAGCAAUUCAUGUUUUAUCUUAUGUGAUUUAUUUGUUUGUUUUCGGUAAACAGAGAGGCUUCCAGCUUUUUAUGACAGCCAGUGGGUUUAACAAUUUGGACUGUUACCAUGACAACCUAAGGAUUUGAUUACUGAUCUCCGUCUGUGUCUGAUGGUGUCUUUGCAGGUGGAUUUGCGCUCCUGCCGUUCCUGUGGUUGGUGAAUGUCCUGUGGUUCUUUAAGGAAGCUUUUUUCAAACCAUCGUAUACAGAACAGCCUCAGAUCCAGAGCUGUGAGUGUGAUGGCAUCUAAUGCAGUUUACAAGGGUUGUCCACACAUAACAAUUCUUUAGGAAAUCUGUUGAUUUUCUGUGUCUCCCACACCAACACAGACACGAACCUCUCUCUAUUAUGGAGAUUUCCAAUACUGAUUUUGGAAAAUAGAGUGCAUUUUGCCUUUAGAAAGGACUGUGUGUGUCUGGGAGCUGAGAACUGAGCAGGAGCAAAAGUAGUUGUGUAAUUUAAUGACCGUAUGGAGUUUUCUCGAAAUUCUAAAACCUGAUUAAACAGAGAAAUUGUGUAGCUCUUUAUUUAGCAUGAGAUGGUUUUCCUUUUUGGAAACUUGUGUAUAUAUUACAGAGUGCUCUGUCAAAUCACAAACCAAGGGUUAGAGGAUUUUACACACUAAACAGUAAGCUGUGCUGUAUAACAAUUACUUUACAAAAUAAUAAAAUAGUUGAAAAACUAUUUUUGGGAGCUUGCUUGGCUGAUUUUUUAUUUUUAUUUCUUUGCUUGCUGUUUUAGUAGGGGUUAUUUACGGGUCUGUCUUCUCCCCACAGAUGUAAAACGUUCAGGUCUUGGUCUCUUCAUCUGGGUGGUCAUUUUAACAACUUGGAUCAGCAUCUACCAAACCAACCGGGCCAGUUGGGGUGCUACUGGGGACUAUCUGUCAUUCACUAUCCCACUAGGCAUCCCCUGA